UUUGUGCUCUACGUCUUCCCAUAUUCAAAUUCUCUUCAGGACCUUUCGCAACACACGAACAUCCUCGAUCGUCGGUGAUCGUACGACAAAAAAGCGUUCUGCUGCAUUCAAGCAAAACGUUUCACUAUUCCAUCUCACAGUCGGCCGUGGAAAACUCAUCGAAACGGACGUAGGAAAGUGCUCGAGAUCGUGUCGUACGUAACCCGCUGUUAUAUAUUUUGUGAAGUUUAACAAAUGUUUAUCAGUUCAAUAGAAGUAGUUUCGAAACGGUUCUGUAUGCUUCUGAAAAGUGCUUGAAUGAGUGUGUACUUGAGCGAAUAUCAGGAAAUGUGGUACAUUUAAACGCGUGGUGCCAUAUUCGUUUAAAAGCAGUGCUGUGUUACUAAUUACUACUGUACUAUGAACCAUCCUUCACUCGGUAAACCGCUUGUGACAUCAACCAUUACAACAGCGAUGGCAUCCACUUUUGCAACUUCAACACCCACCACUGUGCAUCACCAUGUCGAUCAUUCUGUAUCAACUAAUCGUGCAAAACAUAGUUUCUCGAUCGAGCAUCUGCUCGCCAAACCGGAUCGAGCUAGUGCAUCAUCCUCUUCCGGCGGCUGUUAUCGCGGAUUGGAUGAUCGUCUUGCUGUAUCCUUUUCUGCCCCCAUUCCCACCGUGUCUAAUGGAAUGGUUUAUCAGACAAUGGUAACACGAAGUUCUUCUGCGGCUGAUUUUUUGGGUGUUAGUAAAUCAGAACCAAACGUUAGCUCAUUCGACGAUCGACCACCGUCGGAACGGGCGGAAUCUUCCUCACCCGAAUCUAGCUGCAACGAUGACACAAUGGAUAACUGUUCGGAGAUUGCUUCCGAAGGAAGCGCUGGAGGUGGACUUACAACUCACGACGAUCGAAAGAAACGUCCACGAACCGCAUUCUCAGCGGCACAGAUUAAAGCACUGGAGACGGAAUUUGAGCGCGGGAAGUACCUGUCUGUCGCCAAACGAACGGCACUAGCUAAGCAGCUGCAUCUAACCGAAACACAGAUAAAGAUCUGGUUCCAAAACCGGCGCACCAAGUGGAAACGCAAAUAUACAGCCGAUGUAGAGUCACUGGCUUCACAUUACUACUCCCAGCUUGGUAUUGGUAGCUUUGCCCGUCCGAUGGUCGUCGGGGAUCGGUUGUGGCUGUUCAGCCAAACACCAAAUGGGCCAACACCUGUGCAAUCGCUUCUUUUAAAUGGUCCUCAACCCAGCGCAUCAAGUGCAUCGCCUCAUCAUGCAGCACUCGGCAUGCAACAUCCAGCCGCAAUUAGACCAUACCCGGGACUUGCUGGUUCCAUUCCUAUGACCGCGGCUCCCAAUUUCGCCACACGUCCAGGUAUAACUCCAGGAGCUUAUAUCACCUCAAUGAAUUCAGCUGGACCGGGCGCUUUUCUUCACAAAAUUCCUUCACCUUCGCCGCAAACUCGGCUAGCACAACCACUUGGUUUAAGACCACUCUCUUCGGGGGAUCUUAUCGAAGGAGCAUACUACUCUGGUGCUGGAAUAGCAGGUCCAAAGUUUAACUCAAGUGAACUAGUGAACGGAGGACUGCUGGCAACGGAUAACAACAGCUCGGGUAUAGCCGAUCUCGAACGAGCAUUUGGCAAUCCCAGCAAUAUGAUCGAUAGUUUAACCACGUCCAAUGCAGCUGAAUCUUCGAUCAUUUGUAGCACACGUACCGGCGGUAGAAAAGGCACGGAUAUGAUCAAUAACAACGAAUGUACGAGUAAGGAUGGUUUGCCCGGCAGUGAGCUGGAUUCGUCCAGUGAAAUUGAUUGUGAGGAAAUUGAGGACGACACAAUGCUUUGAAAAUAAUCUCUCAAGUUCGGAAAAAACCGACCGAUAUUUGAAAUCGAAAAUUAACGACGUCAAUUUCGUGUUAUAAGUGUCUAAGAAGCUAAUAUGUAAAAAGAUCAUAAAAUAAAAUUUGGAAAAUUUUAUUGAUUGUAUUUAUAUUUCGUUAAAGUGCAUAUAUAAUAUCUCGUGUACAAUGAAAAGAAAAUGAUUUCUUAAUGU